CCGAUCAUGGAGGAAACCGUCUGCUUGUCAUGAACCCCAAUCCAGUCUCUUUCACCUAACAUACACCAGGUUGGCUCAAGGCCGACACUCAUCCACUCGCCACCAUCAUCUUCGCCGUUCUUUCCCCCUUGACGACUUUCGCAACCGUAUAUGUGCUUCAAAGCUUUAAUAUACGCAUAUGUUCUUGGAGGUAUCACUCUCAUACCACUUGUGAUUCUAGGGAUCAUUUUCUACACCCUCUACACUGCUGUCCCAAUUGGUGAUCUCGAUGUCUCCAAAGCCAGAAGAGGGGAGCUAGAAAGACAGUCGCAGGAGGAGGAUCAGUCGUCACAAGGCACACCUCUCACUUCGAACGCCACUCCAGAUACGAACGAUUUACCGAAGCCACGCAAGGGCUGGCUUACUGUUCGUAGGACCUUCGAGGAGGUUCCGACAGAUGCAUCUUACGUUGGACUUGUACGUGGAUUCUUGGACGCAAGGUCGAAAGAUCCGAAACGUUCGAGACCAAAGGGUAUGUGGUAUGUGGUGCUCAAGGGCAAGAUACUCUAUCUCUACGAGGAUGAAACUAUGACGGAAUGCGAAGCCGCUAUUGAACUUGGUGGACAUGACGUUGUCAUAUACCCUGAAGGUCUCCCGGACGGUGAACUCUUCGCCAAGCGGAAUGCUAUCUGUCUGAAGCCCAAGAUUCCGCCUCCGGAUAACGAGAUGCCAAGUGUCACGAGGGAGAUGAAGUUUACUGAGGACGAAGAACUUACUGUUGACGAAUCUGGGAGCGAGAAACACAAGGCGAAGGAACGGGUUAGGCUAGAAGAACUUGAGGCGGAACGCGAGGAAGCUCGGGAACAAGCCCUCGAAAUCUCGACGCCAUGGUUCAUCUUCGUUCGGUCAAACGUUGAGAUGGAGGAUUGGUAUCAUACGUUGGUACACGCGUCGGACCAUCCAGCUAACAUUCCCACUUUAGCCCCUCUUUCGCCUGUCUUCCAACCUGCGGAUAUGAAUCAUCUAGUGAACACCCUAGAUGAACAGCCUGAUGUGAUUCCAAUGCGGUGGCUCAAUGCCAUCCUUGGACGGUUGUUCUUUAGUUUCUAUCGCACACAGACCCUGGAGUCGUACAUCAUAGGACGUUUGAUGAAGAAACUAUCAAAGAUUAAACGACCUGGAUUCCUAACGCAUAUCGUAGUACGCGAAGUAUCCGUAGGGGACAAGGCGCCGACUCUCAGUAAACCUAUGCUGAAAGAAUUGACGAAGGAGGGGGAUGCAUCAAUGGAGGUACACCUGCACUACAAAGGCGAAAUUCGGAUAACGGUGGAGGCUAUUGCUACCAUUAAUUUGGGUGCAAGGUUCAAGACUUACGCUGUCAAGCUUGUGCUUGCUGCAGUUCUGCGCGAGUUGGAAGGGAACCUAUUGGUCAAGGUGAAGCGCCCUCCGAGUAAUCGUCUCUGGUACGCGUUCACGACAAUGCCGAGAAUGGUUCUCGACGUGGAACCUGUUGUGAGUGAUCGACAGAUCACUUGGAGCAUGAUCCUCAGUACAAUCGAGUCUCGGCUAAAGGAAGUGGUGAGUAACAAAUCUUUUCCGUUGCACCACGUAUCACAGCUUAUAGAACUUAUGCAGAUCCAAGAGUCCGUAGUCCUGCCAAAUAUGGACGACAUCGCGUUCUUCGAGAGCUUACAAUAUUCUCGUCGUGGGGGCAUAUAUGCGGAGGCAUCUCGUUCUGAGAAGGCGCCAUCGCUGUUUCCUGAGCCACAUGAGGAAGAACGUGUACCUGCGUCUGAACCGUUGACCGAAUCAACAACACCUCUGCGAUCUCCUAGUCCUGAGCCGAAACUGCCUCUCCAUCGUUCACACUCAGCAGAGGAAGCGCAAUCGGAAUCGCUGAAGAUCGUGGAACCUGCAUCUCUUCCACGUCCUGUGACCUUUAAUGCUACCGGCAUAGCGAUGAAGAACUCUUCGUCUUCGUCGUCUUCGACAUCCACGAAGCGACGGUCAUGGUUGACUGCUGUGCGGGAACCCAGUAGCGACGAUCCUUUCAGCGAUACUUAUGAAGAACCACAUUCUCGAGGCAGGCAGAACGGUGUAGACAACACUCAUCGGACUCCUUCACUGCAUGAUAGGAACGGCGCAGGACCCUCUGCUUCUCAGCCGCAUAAUCAAGAGGGCGAAAGCAUUAGCCAACUCAAGCCAAUUCCUAUUCGACGUACUUCUUCGCGACGGUCACAGUCAUCAUCCACACAUGGUGCCGCCUCAGAACCUUCCUCCGUGGAGGACGCUUCUACACACAUGAAUUCAGACUCUUUGCUGUCCGCAUUUCAUUCUAGGAGCCCUUCAGGUUCUGCCCCGAAGAAAGAGGGACCCCUGGGCAGUUCAACUUUCUUUCAAACGCUCAAGUCUCGUGACAAGCAGGCUAUUAGCAAUACUGCCAAAGAGGCAAUGCGCAAAUGGGGUGUCAACUGGGGUGGACUUAAGAAAGACAAUGCGCCGACCAUCACUUCAUCAGGUGACGAAGGACAAGAGGCAGAACAUCGACAUGCAGAUGAACCUGGAGCACAGAAACAUAGGCCUAGUUACGCGGAAGUUCGGGCAGCUGUGGAGCAGCGGAAGGAAAGGGAAAGAACCCAUGGAGACCAUUUUGGACCAUCAGAUUCUGAAGCUACUUUGCAAGGAGUACAUACGAGGUCUAGGCCGGGUAGCAGCGGCGUAUCGUCAGAUGGUCACAGGUCCCCUUCCCCUACGUACCUCAGUGGCGCAUCACUGUCACCCUCAACAUCACCGCGACCUCCUGUUGAGGAUGUGCAUGCAGAUACUUCACUACCUAUCUCUCCUCGGCCCAGGACGACUUCUCGUCUUUCUAAUACACGCCCCGAAGGGGACUCAGGCACAACCGGCAGUUUGCCUGACGAAGUUGAGCAUCCAUCUGAUAUCCCGAUACACACACGGCCUCCCCAACCGAAAACCAUGACAAUCCCUGGUAUCCACGCAAGUCACCGCGGUGAGGUGAUGUCCAUGGGGUAUGCACCACCACCCGUUCCGAGUGAACCGAAGAAGGCACCAGCCAUUCAAAGCGUCUACCGUCUGUGGAAGAAUAACACUGCACCUGGACAGCAAGGACCACAGUCGCCGCCUCAGGUUCAAACAGGUUUUGCAGGAAAUGAUCAAGACGCUCUACCUGCGCCUUCGACGUCAUCUGGUCCUUCCUCUCAACCAGAAGUAGCACCACGGCCAAUUCCACCUCCCUUACCACCUCGGUCGAAUACUGCCCAUGCUCUUCAGACCAAAGCUGAAUCAUCUCGUGCAGUGGAAUCGGAACCAGGGACAUCGCCUGCAUCAGCGGCGCUGCAGUCAAUUGUGUCGAAGGACAGGAACAAGCGAGAAUCGAUUGGUCCGAUGACGAGUAGUAGUAUUCCUCCAUCUCCCGGCCGUCGUGAAGAGGCUACGGAUCAUGUAGUGUCUUCCAGUAUUGAUGGCGUUUCGACAGCAGCCUCCACGUUUAUUCCUGGUUCUACUCCCACUGCGUCUGCUUCCACGCCUGCUCUUUCUACCGUGGAGGCCGGUGCGAAUGUCUCGCCGAAGCCACCGGCAUUACCUCCUAGGAGAGUACAAGCAUCUGCAUAACAUUGCAUUCCACUUUCAUUCUUGAUAACUUAGUUCCGGUUGACUCUUUUGUCGCAUAGUGUACUUCUAUCAUUUGCAGGUCGUCAUUCAUUUCUCGUUAUUUACAUACAUCGCGGUUCUUCAUGUCCAUAGUUUGCUUUGAAUGUCCAUCACGGUCACGAUAUCAUUGUGGGAUACCAUAGUUCAUCUAUCAUAUGGUGGCUUAAACACGCUGCUUCGGCUACAGUCAAGCUGUCAUUAUUGCGAUCUCAUCGAUACGAAUUCGAGUGCUCUGCUGGAACGGUCCCCGUUGCUAUCAACCUAGUGUUAAUUUAGUUUUACAUAAAGCAGCUCAAAGUGCUAUUACCGUGUCCUGCUUCAUGCUUGCAUUUCCAAACGACGGAUGUGUACGAUUGAGAUCGAUUGUUAAACGC